CUUUCUACCGGAAAGAGUUUCGCUGAAGUGGGGGGAGGAGCCCAAAGAGGAUUGUGGGAGAGAGGCUCUUCCUUUCCGUCUGGCCGCAGCCAUCAGGUAAACCAAGAUGGGCGCUUACAAGUACAUCCAGGAGCUAUGGAGGAAGAAGCAGUCCGAUGUAAUGCGCUUUCUCCUCCGGGUGCGCUGCUGGCAGUACCGCCAGCUCUCUGCGCUCCACAGGGCCCCCCGCCCCACCCGGCCCGACAAAGCGCGCAGGCUGGGCUACAAGGCCAAGCAAGGUUAUGUCAUCUAUCGGAUUCGUGUUCGCCGUGGUGGCCGCAAACGCCCUGUUCCUAAGGGUGCCACCUACGGCAAGCCUGUCCAUCACGGCGUUAACCAGCUGAAGUUUGCUCGAAGUCUUCAGUCUGUUGCCGAAGAGCGAGCUGGACGCCACUGUGGGGCUCUGAGAGUCCUGAAUUCUUACUGGGUUGGUGAAGAUUCCACGUACAAAUUCUUUGAGGUUAUCCUCAUUGAUCCAUUCCAUAAAGCUAUCAGAAGAAAUCCUGACACUCAAUGGAUCACCAAACCAGUCCACAAGCACAGGGAGAUGCGAGGGCUGACAUCUGCGGGCCGCAAGAGCCGUGGCCUUGGGAAGGGCCACAAGUUCCACCACACUAUUGGUGGUUCUCGCCGUGCAGCUUGUAGAAGGCGCAAUACUCUCCAGCUCCACUGUUACCGCUAAUAUAAGUAAUGUUUGUAAAAUUCUUACCUAAUAAACAAUUUAGGACAGUCAUGUCUGCUUAAAAGUGUUCUUUAAUUUGUUAAAACUAGUCUGCAGAAUGUCUUAUGAAUGCAUUGUCACAUUAUAAAAGUUAAAGUGCAAUAAUGUUUGAACACUAUAAAUGGUGGUGUGUCGCGUUACUCAUAAGAUAGACGCUUUUGGCUUUAUGUCAGCGAUUUUCAACCUUUUUCAUCUCAUGGCACACAUGAACUAAUUACUAAAAUUCUGCAGCACACCAAAAAGUAAUGUUUUGCCAAUCUGACCAAAAAUAGGUAUUUUGAUCCAUUCUUUUUUAACUUGACAAUCUAAGGGGGCUAGAGGUCAGUCCCCCUGACUAGUCAGGUACUGCAUGUUUUAAAAAUUGUGUCCCACCAGUGUGCCACAGUAUACUGAUUGAAAAUCGCUGCUUUAUAUUAGGGAGUUUCAUAUGUCAGUGUUCGGUAUAGGUGUAAAAUUCUGUGAGAGUGCAAAACUAGCCAGUAGAUUUGUUGGUGCAUGUGAUGAAACCUACAGCUUUAUUAGGGUAAUGCAAUGCUCUGCUUGUUUACUCUCAAGGGGCUGUUUGAAUUUUGCUUGGAAAUGUGAAAGAUAACCUAAUCCAUUCUCAUGGUCCUGUGCAGAAAAAUGAAAGUUAAGUAGGGGGUUCACAUUUUUUAGAUUAACCCAGUAAACCGCUGCUUCUGAAAGAAGAAAAGUUUAAAAGAAUGCCACCAUUUUUUAGAAGAAUUGAAUGAUCCUAUUGAAAGAGGGUUCUCUUAAAAUUAAACAUCCUAGUUUACCUAAACAAAACUGGCUUGGUCUCCAUAGUACCACUCACUUUCACAUCAAAAGCUAGAAGCCCUGAUUCAAUCCCAUGACUGAAUUUCAUGCAAAGUAGUAAUAGUAAUUACGUUGGUGUGUAUUGAAACUGAUGGAAAUUGAACAAAUGAGAAGAGAAUUAACUUUAAGGUAUGUUGUGUUAUAACUAUUAUGAACCCGUUAGCCACCUUACGGAGGGAGGGAAAUACAAUUGACUUUAUUUAAGGGUACUUUGCUUAGUCCAUAAGUCAUCUUGGGCCAACCCACUAUAU